CGCAUCCAUUUUGCCAUUCACCCAGCAUUGCCAGUCCUGACUUCUAUUCCUAUUGCGACCAUCACUUACACGGCUUGGCGCCUUGAUAUAAUCUACUCGGCGUCCAACGCCAGGGCAGUCACACAUGCCAAAUUGGACACUAACCUCUCUCCUGCUGACUCUGGCUGCCCCAACAGGUCCCAUCUGUCCUACCGCAGGCAGCCAUGUCCUUUUUCAAACCCAACAAGACCAAGAAGGGCGGCUUCUCCUUCAAGCCCAAAGGUGCCACCAGCAAUCAUCUCCGGGAUGCUGUCUCUCGACUUGAUCGCCAGACCAGCCUUGGAGGCUCCCCGGCACCAGACGGUCCUCUUUCUUCUGCAUCUGCAAAUGUCGUUCCUAGUAAUCGCCGUACUUGUCCCAACCCACAAUGUCCCAAUCCUUCAGCCGGUAUCGAAGAGGGAUACUGUACUGGAUGUGGUCGACAACUCGAAAGUAUCGACAUUGUCAACGAAAUCCAGUUCGGUGAAAGUGCAUCUGGUGCUGCCGUCCUCCAAGGUAGUUACAUGGGCGCAGAUCAGGCCGCAGCUCGACUGGGAGGCCCAGGCAUGCGUCGCAUCGGAGGAGUCAUAGGCGAUUCGCGAGAGCGAGUCAUUCGAGAAGCCAGGACCAUGAUGACACAGUAUGCCAGUCAGCUGAAGUUGUCCGAUGUUGUCAUCAACGAAGGCAUCCAGAUCUUCAAACUAGCCCUCAGCAUGAACUGGAUCCAGGGUCGUGGCAUGAUCAAGGUUGUUCCUGUCUGCCUCUAUGCAGCCUGUCGUCGCCAGGACAGAUGUCGUGUCAUGCUCAUCGACUUUGCCGACUUGGUCAAGGUCAAUGUGUUCGAACUCGGUCAUGUCUUCAAAGCACUUGACGACAUCUACAGUUUCAGCUACAACAAGAUCAAGGCCAUCAUUCCCGAGGAUCUCAUGUAUCGUUUCUGUGAUAAGCUCGACUUUGGCGACAUGACGAGGGACGUUGCCGAGCUCGCGGCACGCUUCUGCAAGCGCAUGGGCCUUGACUGGAUGGUCAUGGGCAGACGCCCUUCGGGUAUCUGUGGUGCCUGUAUCUUCUUGGCUGCCCAAGUAUGGGGCUUCCGACGAACUGUCAGAGAGAUCGUUUAUGUUGUCAAAGUCACCAUGCACACGAUCGAACAGCGAUUGGACGAGUUCAAGGUGGUCGAAAGCAGUGACCUGACGAUUGAGGAUUUCUUGAAGCAAGAGUUACUCGAAUCUCGCCACGAUCCACCCUCGUUCUACAGAAAACAAGCCGAGUAUCUUCAAAAGAUGGAGCAACGUCAACUCGAGACUGGUCGCAAGCGGAAACGAAUCAUUGAAGACAUUGGCGACGAUGAAGAUGACGAGAAUCACAGCGGCAGCUUGCCCAGCGACAUGCCACCUCCUCGUCGGCCCACACAGUCGAUGCCUCCGCCGCCCUUACCUCCGCCCGAUACCUCCAAGCUACCCCAAGUCACUGAGUUUCUGGAGAGGUCAAAGGAUCCCGAGACAGGCCAGCUCAUGCUCGAGGCCUUUGACCCUGAUAAUAUCCCUGCCCCUGCCCCACGAGUCACGACUGCUGACGACAAUGACAAUGACGAUGACAAUGACAAAGACAAAGACAUUGAAGCAGGCGUGGAUGCAGACGAUCCUACUGGUGAGGCAGCAGUCGAUCAUUUAGCAGAGGAAUAUGCAGAGAACGAGGAUGAGACGCCAGCUGGACGUCGUCGCCGAGUCAAGCGGCCCCAGGCUGAGCCACUCCUGACCUUCAACGAAGAGUGGGAGGAGGCGGAAGACCAGCUCACGCAACAGAUUGACGAAGUCAUCAACGAUCCUGCCAGCGACACUCAUCGGAAAGCGCUAGCCACAGCGGCCAUGCACGCUCGUGUCAAGGCAGCGUGGGCCCGUUCACAACUCCCGGUUCAAGAGACCAAGAUGGAUGAGGUCAUCGGUCCUGAUGAAUUCGCUAACGACCCUGAGGUACAAAACUGCCUGCUUGGCCCAGAGGAGAUCCAAAUCAAGGAACAGAUUUGGCUUAACACAAACAAAGAUUGGUUGCGUAAGCAGCAGAACAAAUUGUUCGAGAAGGAGAUGGAGGCACUCGGUCCCAAGAAGAAGAAGCGCAAUCGCCUCAAGAAGCCUCGUAUCGGCGAAGGCGCCAGCGCUGCCAGUACACCAGGUGAAGCAGCCGUCACGACCAUGAAGAAGUUUGCUAUGAGCUCACGUAUCAAUCUCGACGCCAUCAAGAACCUUUUCGGUGAGAGUGGUGAAGGUGGGCCGGGCAGUGUUGCGCAGAGCAGCUAUGCCGACAGCGAAUAUCAAGAGAGCGAAGUUGGUGAUGAUACUCUUCGACAGGCACCAGUAAAGGCCAAACAGCAGACAGGCGCACAAUCUAAGGAUGCCGAAGGUGCUGCAGGCGAUGAUGAAGAGGAAGAAGAGGAAGAGGACAACGAGCCUUAUCCAGACGAUCAAGGCUAUGAUGAGUAUGAUCAAGGUGAUGAAGAAGAGUGGUACUAGAUGCAGUCAUAGGCAGGAGUUGUGGCGUUUACAGAAGAGACUUCUUCAGAUCUCAGAGAUACCCCGCCUACGUAAUAGAGCCAUACAUUGAUGAUACAUGCACUA